AUGCAUCCGGACCUGGUAGCAAGCACCUCUGAAACUGUAGUAACCUGUGAACACACAAUUGGCCUUCAGGCCAUCAAGGUGAGACCGUAUGACAUCAUCGUCGUGGUGGACUUCCUUCUCCUUCUGCUGUAUACGCCGCCAGCGCAAACCAUCACGACAAAGAGGAUUUGGUUCGAUGGAUUAGAUGCUGCAGUUCUUCAGGCAGAAGAGGACGUACCGCCAGCGAAAGACAAUGCUGAAGACAAGGAGGUCGAAGAACUUGGACGGGCACCUGAUCCUAUCGAGGAGACUCGCUGGUGGAAAGCAAUUAUAGAACGGGUCAAACGUGCGGUCCCUAUAGAUGUUUUAGGAGAAAAGUGA